AUGGCUGAACCUCCGGUCGUUCCUCCAAUCGAACCCCCACCACCACCAGAGACGUCGCGUCCUCUCCACACUCUCCCUCCACCCUUCUCUCACGACGCUCUCGAGACCAUAACACAAGGUGCCGAGGCUCUUGUAUACAAAACCACCUUCCUCACGCCGAGUACGCCCGUCGUAGUCAAAUACCGACCACCAAAGCCGUACAGACAUCCUACUCUAGACAAGCGUCUUACAAAACAGAGGUUAUUGGCCGAGGCUAGGAGUCUGAUCAGGGUCAAGAGAGAUGGCGUCAACGUACCAGGUGUGAUUGGCGCGGAUUGGGAUGCGGGGUGGUUAGUGCUGGAAUAUGUAGAUGGUAGGACUGUGAGGAAAGUACUAGAUGGCUGGGCGCAUCAAGUAACACAGCGCAAGAAGGACGAAAAAGCCACAGAAGGAGUAGACAAGGGGGCCAACGAAGCGCCGAAAGAAGAAGAAGCUGAAAUACUCGACCUAAUGCGAAGAGUAGGGCGGGAAGUAGGAAAGCUGCACGAACUCGGGGUAUGUCACGGGGAUCUCACAACCAGCAAUAUCAUGCUACGGACACCGAAACCACAAAACACGGAGACAGAAGAGCAGCAGCAAAAACCACAGGGACACCUUCCGCCCGCCAACCCUCCGCAACAGUCCGAUCCUACCACUUCACUGUCCGGCGACAUAUUCCUCAUCGACUUCGGCCUCACAACUGCCAGCAUACAAGAUGAAGACAAAGCUGUUGAUCUUUAUGUCCUUGAAAGGGCAUUUUCAGCAACCCACCCAGCUGCUGAGCCACUGUUUCAGGAAGUGCUGAAGGCUUACGGUGAGUGUGGAAAGGGUGCUAAGGGGGUUUUGAAGAGGCUGGAAGGGGUAAGAUUAAGGGGAAGGAAGAGGAGUAUGCUUGGGUGAGGAGGUGCAGUGAAAUGGUGUCCCUGUGUAUGAGAAAGUGAUCAUGGAAUAAGAACAGAGCGCAUGCAUUAGAGCAAUACAUGUGUCUAUAAUACUUUGGUGAAAUAGCGUUUGCAUCUUUGCCGCAAGUAAGAAGAAUUGAAAGAGAAAAUCGCACUACAAGUACUUGACAGCAGGACGACACCUCAAAUCCAC